AUGUUAUGAAGAGCCUAAUAUUGCAAAAAUAUCUAUAAUUGUGCAAUUUUAAAACUUUAUAUUAGUGGUGCAGUGAAAUAAUUUGUUUCGUUACAAGCACGUCAAGAUGUCCAAUAAGUCACAGUCAAAAAUCCCCUCGCCUGCCCGGUCCCAGGGUUUCAUCACCCCCCGGCGUCGUACCCGACGAACCCUGACCUCCACCUCAACAGCACAGUCCGAGGUCCAACUGUCGACUGUGGUGGAGAAAUUUGUGAAGAGUGACAAAUUUGUCUUGUCACCGAUGAAGAGGAGAUCUGUAUUGCCGGAUAACACUGAUAUUGAAGCGCCAAGGCGUGUCAGCUGGUGGAAGAGGCUGGAGGGGAGUACCCGGGACGUCCUCGAAGCCCUGGACACUAACAAGAUGACUGACAACUUGCUUGAGGAAUAUGAGUUUGAAGUUGAGAAAGAUGACAAGCAGAGCCAAUCAGUCCAACUGAGUCAAAGCAGCGACAACGAAUCAGUCGCCAGCAUAGUUGUACCACAGCGAAGGCUCUUCAACCAGAAGCAACAAACUCAACCCAAAUUCGGCGACAUUAUGGGCUCACGCAAGUCCCUCGGAAAGACUAACAUCGAAGACCAAUCUAUAGAGGUCGCUCCAAAAAACCUCUUCAAUAAAGGACCUAGGAAUCGACCGGUUUUUCCUGAUGCUUUACUCAACUCUACUAAUAAAACUAUAAACAAGACUGUUGAACCAGAAACAAACAAACAGACUCGUCCAAAUCUCUUCGGUCAAGCGGGGACUAAAAGAAAAAACAUGUUCACAGACUUUGUCUUGUCUGAUAGUGAGGAGGACUCAGAGGUCCAACAUAAAGUAUUUGGUUUCAAAAAGGAUAACAAGAGAUUGAGUGUAGGUACUUACAGUAGGCGAAUGCCAUCUCUAACGCCAAGUAUGACCACGGAAAUUGAUAUUGAUGAUUGGAAUCUUCUACCAUCAUCUACUAUGAUUGGGGCGCAAGAAGCUUCAAAAAUGAGUGGUACAGAUAUAGAACUGCAAGACGAAAAUCAAGAUAAUACGCUUACAGAAGACGUAUCUUUAAAUCGCACCAAUGAGCAAGCACGUAAGAGUGUGAUACAAGAUGAUGAAAAUGAUAAAACACUCACAAAUGAAAACAUAGAAGAAGCCUACAAAAGUCAGGAUGCAGAGGUAAAGGAUGUGUCUAAAAAAGUAAACAAAACACAGGAGAAAAGCCAAACUAAAUUUAAUACAAGUGUCAAAGAUAAAUCCUUACUAAGUAAAUCUACUAAGCAAGCUGUCAAUAUUUCAAAUGCUGAAAAUGUGCAGACAGAAGAAGUGGUUGCUAUGCAACAACAAGAUGAUGCCGUAGCUGAUAAAAAUACUCGACUAGUUGAGAACGAACAAUCAUUAGAAGAUAAAAUGGCUGAAUUGCACGGAGAAAGUGUUGAAACAGAAAAAAGUCAACCAAACAUAGUAUCAAACAAAACAGAAGAAAAUCCAAAUAUUUGUGAAGAAGCAAGACAAGAAGAAGCAUGCAAAUCAAAUGAAGAUGUAGAUAAGAGUGAGGAACAAGAACAAAGCGAAAUAGAACAAGAAGAAAGUGAAAAAGAACCAGACCAAAGUGAAGAAGAACAAGAAAAGGAACAAAGCAAGGAAGAACGAGACCAAAGUAAAGAAGACCAGAAACAAAGCGAAGAAGAGCAGGAACCAAGUUUGGAGGAACCAGAAAACCAAAACCAAACUGAUGAAGUAAUCAAAGAUCAAGAUGAGGAUAUGGUUGAAAAAGAUAAAAGUGACGAAGAAAUGCCUCAAGAAGACCAAGAUGAGGAUAUGAAAGAAAUGGUAUGGAACGAUAACGAGGAUGAAAAGUUAGGUGAUGCUGCGGAAAAAGAAGUUGCUUCUGUAGCGGAACAAAACAAUGAAGUAGUGCCAAAUCAAAAAAAUGCUGAUAUUAGCAAGAACCUUAGCACACUUAAGCAAAAUGCAGACAAAAGCAAAAAUAUCUCAAAUAAGAGUCACAAAAUCGUAGACGCAUCAGUAGAUAAUGAUCAAAAUGAGGAGGAUAUAGUAGAAGAAACACCAAACAAUUCUACGCACGACACAACAGGUCGAAACAGGAAAAAAGAAGUUUCUAAUGUCAACUCACCAGAAGCAGUAUUACAAAACAUGACUAACGACAACGAAAGUUUUAGGCCAAUAGGUCGCAGUACUACCUUCAGAAAAUCUAAAAGCGUCUAUGAAACUAUGAACAUGAGGCACAGUUUAGCACCAGUCCAAGAAAGUACUUUAGGCAGUGAAGGCUCGAGAAAUUCAAGCACAGAGGGCUCCGAGUGGGAUUCUCAUCGUACCACAAGAAAAACUAUACGUCAGACUUUAGGCAAGGAGUAUACUACACGGAAAUCCUUGCGUGCCUUAGUCAUGGAGGAAUCCGCCAAACGUCAAACUGAACUUUACAAUAAAACCACGACAAAGUUUGACAAAACUAGAAAUAAAACAGUCACAGAAGAUGGAAACGACAAAAAUGCGUCAAAGAUGCACAAAUCUAAAAACAAAACUGUUGUCGAAGACGGUAAUAAUAAAAAUGCAUCAACAGUUAACAAAACAAAAAAUAAGACAGUCAUUGAAGAUGCUAACAGUGAUAACGCAUCAAAUGACACAACCAAAAACAAGACUGUAUUGGACGACAUCAACGAUCAACAUAUCCGUUUCCGCAGAUCAUCCAAUCGUAAUAUAUCAAGCAAUCAGUCUCCCAUUUUGAAAUCCCCUGUCCAUGGGACCUCGAUCCAUCACGUGCCCGACCCACUAAUUUCGGAACACCAAGCAUCUUACCACAAAUCUCUCCACGAUAUUAAGGAGCCUGAAAUAUCCGAGAAUCUAGCUAAUCCUGAAGAAUCAGUAAACAUAACAGUAUCCGGUAUAGGUAUACCGGAUAAUAAUGAUUCGGGGCCAGAAAUAUCUAUGAAUGCGUCUUAUGGUCAAGGAAUGUCUGCUUCUGGACAUGAAAUAGUAGGAGAAACUACGGGCAAGGAUAUUUCACGACGUGGCACUUCGAUACGCUCAAAAUCUAUACAUCACAGUGAAGAAGUCUUAGAUUAUGAAGCUUCAGAACAAGUUAUAUCUGGUCUUGAAGAUCAGGAAAAUGAAUCUGAAUGUAUGCAAGAUGAAAAGGAAUCCGAACCUGAAAAUGAAGAAGAGAUGGAACAAUCUGAACAUGAGGAUUCUCAGCAGGAAAUAGAAGCUGAUUCUGAACAUGAAACUCAAAAAGAGAUUGAUGAACCUCAAGAGAUUGAAGACGAACAGAAACAAUCUCAACAAGAAAUCGAAUCUGAACAAGAACAAUCUCAACAGGAAAUCGAAUCUGAUCAGGAAGAUGAGCAGGAUCUAUCUCAACAAGAAAUCGAAUCUGAUCAGGAGGAGUCUCAACAAGAGAUAGAAAAUGAACAAGAUCUAUCUCAACAAGAAAUCGAAUCUGAACAAGAACAAUCUCAACAGGAAAUCGAAUCUGAUCUGGAGAAGUCUCAACAAGAGAUAGAAGAUGAACAAGAUCAAUCUCAACAAGAAAUCGAAUCUGAUCAGGAGGAAUCUCAACAAGAGUUAGAAGAUGCAGAACAGUCUCAACAAGAAAUUGAAUCAGAACAAGAGAUAGAAUCUGAGGAAGAACAGCAAUCAGAAAACGAAGAUCAUGAUAUGUCUCAAGAACAAGAAAGUGAUCAUGCUAUUACAGAACCAGAAAACAAUGACCAAGAUUUCAUAUCAGCACUCAAUUCUGAAUACAAAACACCAGAGAAACGUGGAGGUUCUCGCGUGGUCUUUGACAGUAAUAUGAUGUCUGUUGAUGAGAUAGAUUUCGAAGGCGUUUCCAGGCAAACUGACAAUGAUAUAACUGAGAAUGAUGAGUCUGAGAGAGAACCAGAAUUAAGUAGGGCGUCGUUGCAAAGAGUUUCGGAUCCGAGGGUUCGGUUGUCGGUUGGUACCAAGAAAACUAUGCUGAUGCAGAUGCAGAAGAUAGCGCAGGAAAACUUGGAGCGGAGGCAGAAAAUUAGAGACGAAGUGCAGAAAUCACUAAAACCUGCCCGUAAAUUCAACGUGAUGUCCCCCUUCCAAGUAAAUUAUUCAGUCCGCCGCAUGAACCGGCCUGAACCUAAGAAACCUAAGCGAAAGCCUGUACCCACGAGUAUACAUACAGAGGCGUUGCCCAAGGCUUUCGUUGAGGACCUGAUGUAUAAGCCGCCUAAGAGGUUCCAACCUGCCACCGCUCCGUGGAUUACUAAGAGACUGUAUAAUUUUUUGGAAAAGAAGCUGGAACCUAAAUACGACUACCGUGCCCGCGUUCGCGCCGAGGAGCUUGUUCAAACCCUCUUCAGCUUCAGCAAGCUGGUGCGGCGCCACCACCACGCGCCGCCGCACGCCGUCGACGAACUAAAGGCGGAGAUGGCGCGACUGCGGGUCGUCAACACACAUUACGAGUUCUACGACUUCUUCCAUGAGUUCAUGCCGAAGGAGAUUAGGAUGAAGGUGAACCCGAACGUGGUGAACAAGAUCCCGAUGCCUCGAAACGGCGUGUUCUCCGAGAUCCUCCCGCCCCGCACCCCGGUCGAGUGA